AUAGGUCAGAUCCCCGCCCGUGUUGCCUAAUAACGACAGCCACUGUGAUGGGAGGGAGACGAGGGAUAAAUUGAAAAUGAGCAUGUGAUGGUUCACUUUCAGUGCGAGACAAACAGACAUGAUGUAUUUGUGGCUACUGACUGCUGUGGUGGUCUUCUCACCCCUCCAAACACACGGUCUGCCCCUUUACAUUCUCUCAUCUCCGAACCUGUUACGAGUGGGAUCCCCAGAGAAAGUGUUUGUGGAGGCGCAGGACUAUACUGGAGCGAGUCUGAACGUUAAGAUAUCAUUGAUUAGUUCUCAAAGCGACAGACGUGAACUAACCAGCACAACAAUUUUCCUGACAGCUGCCAGAAACUACCAGGAGCUGGUGGAAAUAACGGUGCCUGGUAACGCGUACACCUUUCAGAAGGGACUUGAGCAGUAUGUUGUCCUUCAAGCUCAGUUUCCACAGAAGCUGCUGGAGAAGAAGGUCCUGUUGACCUUCCAGUCAGGACACAUAUUUUUACAGACUGAUAAAACCAUCUACACCCCAAACAGCAUGGUGUAUUACAGGGUUUUCUCACUCAGACCAGGAAUGACGCAGGUUUUUGAAAGCGGAGUCCGUGUGGAGAUCUUGACACCUGACGGCAUCAGUCUUGAGAGUAAAUCUGUCAAUCCUAAUGGUGGGAUGACUUCAGGAACCUUCAGCCUCACUGAUCCAGCAAGUCAAGGGAUGUGGAGUCUUGUGGCCUGGCACCAGAACAGUCCGCAGCUAAACUUCACCACCAAGUUUGAGGUCAAAGAGUAUGUCCUGCCCAGCUUUGAGGUUUCCCUGAAACCACAGAAAGCCUACUUCUACGUGAAAGAUGAAAGUCUGACAGUCGAUAUCGAAGCCAAGUAUUUGUUUGGGGAGAAAGUCAAUGGUUAUGGGUUUGUUGUGUUUGGUUUGAUAACCAACGAUAAAGGAAAGAUCAGUAUUCCAGGAUCCUUGCAGAGAGUGCCGAUUUGGGAUGGAAGUGGAAAAGCGGAGCUGAAGAGGAAACACAUCUUGGGGACCUUCCCAACUAUAAAUCAGGUUGUCGGCCAGUCACUGUAUAUCGCCGUCAGUGUUUUAACCGAGACUGGCAGUGAAAUGGUAGAAGCGCAGAAAGGAGGCAUUCAGAUUGUGACAUCACCAUACACCAUCCACUUCAAGAGGACACCUCAGUUCUUCAAACCUGGGAUGCCUUUUGAUGUCUCGGUUUAUGUUACAAAUCCUGAUGAGACGCCUGCUGUGAAUGUGGAUAUAGAGGUUAACCCUGGAGGGGUCAGAAGUCAAACGAAAUCCAAUGGCAUUGCAAAGGUCACCAUCAACACUCUUGGAAGAUCUUCCAGCCUGGAUAUCACCAUAAAGACCAGAGAUCCACAGUUGCAAAGUGAGCAACAGGCGGUGAAGACGAUGACAGCUCAGGCAUACGUGUCAGGCGCCUCCAACAACUAUCUGCACAUUGGUAUUGAUGGCGCAGAGUUUCAGAUUGGCGACCAGAUGAAGGUCAAUCUGAACACGUUAAAAAGUCCCGGAGUUGGGGAUCAAGAUUACACAUACAUGAUCCUAAGUAAAGGGCAGAUUGUGACGUCGGGCAGGUUUAAGAGAAGAGGACAAUCUCUAGUGACUCUGUCUCUACCUGUAACUAAAGACAUGGUGCCGUCUUUUCGCUUUGUGGCUUAUUAUCAUGUGGGAUCAAAUGAGGUGGUGUCUGAUUCAGUCUGGGUUGAUGUGAAGGACACGUGCAUGGGAUCGCUUAAAGUGGAAGUUCGUGAUGCGGUGAAUGUCUACGCACCCGGUGAAAGGUUCAGCCUGGUGUUAAAAGGAGACCCUGGGGCCAAGGUUGGGCUGGUGGCCGUGGAUAAAGGCGUCUAUGUCCUCAACAACAAGAAUAGACUCACUCAGUCAAAGAUCUGGGACGUCGUCGAGAAACAUGACACCGGUUGCACGGCAGGAAGUGGAAAAGGGAGCAUGCAGGUUUUCAGUGACGCCGGCCUGGUGUUUGAGUCCAGCACCGCUGGAGGAACCAGCAUCCGAAAUUAUCCUGAAUGUCCUUCUCCAUCACUGAGAAAAAAACGAGAAGUAACAGUCGUACAGCACUCCAAUUCUUUACUGAAUAAGUACACUGGUCUUGAGAAGGAUUGUUGUAUUGAUGGAAUGAAGAUCCUUCAGGGUUAUACCUGCUCGUAUCGGUCGUCAUUCAUUGUGGAUGGAGAAGAAUGCCGACGCGCCUUCUUGCACUGCUGCGAGGAGAUGACCCGUGUAAUGACGGAGUCUGAACAGAAUUCUAAAUUGACUCUAGCUCGCAGUGAAACAGAGAAUUUCAUGAACUCUGAUAGCAUCGUGACUCGAACCCUCUUCCCUGAAAGCUGGCUUUGGGAGGAAGUGACACUGCCUAACUGUCCAUCACUAAACCCUAACUGUCAAACAACAUCUGUUCCCAAAAAUGAUAUCCAAUUGAAAGACUCCAUCACCACGUGGGAAAUCACGGCCAUCAGCCUGUCCAAGACUCAAGGUAUUUGUGUGGCAGAUGUCCAUGAGAUGACAGUGAAAAAAGUAUUUUUCAUCGAUGUAAAGAUUCCUUACUCCGCUGUGCGCAAUGAGCAGAUUGAAAUCAAGGCUGUUAUUUACAACUUUUACAGUUCAUCAGUAAAGGUACGUGUGGAACUGAAGGAAACCAAGGAUGUCUGCAGCAUGGCCAGUAAUAAACGCAAGUACUACACUACAGUGACAGUGAACGCUAAAUCAUCUUAUUCGGUACCUUUUGUCAUUGUCCCGCUCGCUUUGGGACGUCACAGCAUUGAGGUGAAGGCCGCCGCGUCAGGGCGUGGGGGCGACGGCGUGAAAAAAGAUCUCCUGGUGGUGCCUGAAGGUGUUUCGACCAAACUUGGGGAAAAUCUACAAAUAAGCUCCAAGAGCGGUACCCCUCAUGUACAGGUGGUCAAGAGCCUUAUACUAAAGGACCAAGCGCCAAACACUCCUGCCAACACAUAUAUCACUGCCACAGGAGAGUCGAUCAGUAUCACCAUUGAGAAAGCCAUCAGUGGUCAAUCCAUGGGAUCUCUGAUUUACCAGCCUGGAGGUUGCGGAGAGCAGAACAUGAUGGGACUGACGAUGCCCGUCAUUGCCACACAUUACCUGGACCGAACCAGUCAAUGGCACACAGUGGGCAUUGGACUCAGACAAAAAGCUGUUACAUAUAUCGCCAGAGGUUACAAUCAACAGCUGGCGUACCGUAAAGGUGAUGGAUCGUAUGGAGCAUGGAUAAACCGUCCAAGCAGCACCUGGCUGACGGCAUAUGUCGCGAAAGUGUUUGCAAUGUCCAGUAACAUCGUGAACAUAGACCAAAAUGUCAUCUGCAGCGCCCUGAGGUGGCUGAUAUUGAACAGGCAACGGCCUGAUGGGUCUUACAGAGAAGACGCACCUGUAAUUCAUGGAGAAAUGACUGGGAAUGUCAGGGGACAAAACUCUCAAGCCUCCAUGACGGCAUUCGUGCUUAUUGCUCUUCAGGAGGGGCGGGGAAUCUGUGGCGGUAUUCCUAGUUUCCGCAACAGCAUUGCUAACGCCAUUGCCUACCUGAAAGCUCAAUUACAUGCUCUGGCAAAUCCGUACGCUGUUGCCAUGGUGUCCUACGCUCUGGCCAAUGAAAAUGCACUUGACAAACAAGUCCUGUUAAGCAAAGGCUCUGCAGACGGAAAUUAUUGGCCUGUGGCUGGGAGCAGUUACUUCGGCCUGGAGGCCUCUGCGUAUGCGCUCCUUGCAUUUGUUAAAGCCAAAGAUUUCCAGAGAGCGGCUCCAAUUGUCAAAUGGCUCAAUAACCAAGGGCGGUCCGGUGGCGGAUAUGGCACCACUCAGGCCACCAUCAUGGUAUUCCAGGCUGUGGCCGAGUACAGGAUCCAGGUAAAAGACGUCAAGUCAAUGGACAUGGAGCUGACCAUCCGGGCGGAAGGCAUGCGGCCUGUUGUGUGGACUUUCAACAAAAACAAUGCUCAUCUUACGAGGACAGAGAAGAUCCCAUCUAACAAAGAGAUCACCAUCACUUCCAAAGGUUCUGGAGAGGCCUCUGUUACCGUUAUGACUACGUACUAUGCCAAACCUAAAGAGAGAAGCACUGACUGCAAGAACUUUGAGCUCGAAUUGUUGUUUGAAAAGGAGGAUCGAGUCACUUAUCAUGGAGCGAGUGAAAGUUACAAACUCACCAUUAGCAGCAGAUAUCUGUCUACUGAUAGAGACGCCACCAUGUCUAUACUGGAUGUGUCCUUACUGACCGGCUUUGUUGUGGAUGAGGCCGAUCUAAAGGCGCUGUCGACAGGACACGGCAGACUGAUUCAAAAGUUUGAGAUGAAUAAGCAGCUGUCAGAACGAGGAUCUCUCAUCCUCUACCUGGACAAGAUUCCUCAUCAAUCGAAAAACAAAGUGACCUUCAGACUGCACAGGGUUAUGGAUGCAGGUUUUCUUCAGCCAGCUGCAGUCACUGUAUAUGAAUAUUACUCUAUAGAAAAUCGCUGUAUGAAAUUUUACCAUCCAACCAGAAAAGAAGGAGCUCUUAAAAAAAUCUGCCAUAAGGAAGUUUGUGAGUGUGCUGAAGAGAACUGCAGUCUUCAAAGAAAAGAAAAAAUCGAUGAGGCUCUGCGAAAUAAAAAAGCCUGUGAACCGACAAUAGAUUAUGUUUUUAAAGCUGUUCUUCUUAAUGAAGAUGAAGACCUCUCAUUAGUCUCUUACACCAUGCGGAUUGAGAUGUCCCUCAAGAAAGGGCCAGAGAAAGACGUUGUGGGGAGGAACCGUAUUUUUACUUCACAAAUCUCCUGCGAAAAAGCUCUGGGUCUAAAGAAGGGCACCAGCUAUCUGAUCAUGGGCCAGACUAAAGAUGUACAACUGGAUGGUCGAAAUGGUCAGUACGCUCUGGGUGAAAGGACAUGGGUGGAACAUUGGCCCACAAAGGCCGAAAGCGAGUCCAGCCCUCAACUCAAAGCCAAAUAUGAUGGCAUGUCGAGUCUCCAGCACGACCUCCUCUAUGGAUGUUAAUAUAAAGGCGUUCGCUGCUCUGUGCUUUAAAGCAUUGGCAUACAGGACAGAACUUGCAUGUUAAAUUUGAGCUAAAUAUAUACAGUUAAGUAGUGUUGCUUCAGCUAUAAAGUGGAGGAUUUGUGUAAGACAACUGUACGGCUGGUCAAUGCUUUCUGCUUAUCUCUUCUGUUGUAUUAUCAGCGCAAAUGUUAAACUCAAACCUUUAUCCACGUGUAAGCAAACUGAUGAAAUAAAAAUGGUCUAGCAUGAACAGAAAGAGUU